UUGGUGGCUAUGUAGGAGUGGACAAAUACAGAUAUCUUUAUUUUGGAAUUUUGUUAGUACUCUAUAUUCUCAUCCUGUGCACUAACUGCACCAUUAUAUGUCUAAUCUGGAUUCACAGGAACCUUCAUGAGCCUAUGUACAUUUUCAUUGCAGCUUUGUCAUUCAACUCUGUUUUGUUUAGCACUGCUAUCUACCCCAAACUUUUCAUCGAUGUCUUAUCUCAAAAACAGAUUAUUUCGCAUUCAGCUUGUAUGUUUCAAUAUUUUAUAUUUUAUUCUUUAGGUGUAUUUGAUGCCAUUACAGCUCGAUUGGAGUCAGAACUUCCAAAAGGUUUACAUUUAAUAAUGAGUUUACAAAUAGUUGUGUAUAAUCCUCUGUUCAAUCCAAUCAUAUAUGGAGUGAAAAUGAAAGAAAUUUCGAAACACAUCAAGAGAUUGUUGUGUCAACUCGUGAACAAAAACAUAUGAUCACACUUGUUAGGGUUGAAGUUUUAUUUCUUCACGCAAUCCUUAGAAAAAGUCACUGACAUUCGUAUAUAGUGUUUAUAGGGUAUAGUAUAUGAAAGAAGAAGAAAACUGGGAAGCACACGCUCUGAUAUCACUCAUCUUAAAUUGUAUUCAUCUGUCAUUAUUUGAGCUAUUGCUUUGUCUUUUUCUGCAUUUAUUUAUACAAUAUACAGUGUUUCUGUCACUCUU